CUUUACAAAUAAACGUGUUCUUAGAAUAAAAGGAUUGUAUGCGAGGCUAUUAAGAAGAAAGCUGUCGAACCUGAAUAAAUGAAAUGAACUAAUCGAAUAAACGGCGUCUUUCAAUAUUAACAUUCGCACCAGCAAGACGCAUAAUUGAGUAGUGCGUGCGAGUCCAGUAUUUCUAGUACUGGAGUUGAUAGCAUCAUAUUAUCGUGUUACAGAAAAAACGAAAUGCAAAGUACAGACUUGUGUCAUACUGACCUCAGAUACUGAGAGUCUAAAGUACAGCAAUAUUGCUGUGGAAUCGACUGAUGAGAGGAAUGGAGUUUCAGCUAAACAGUGUUAAGGAUUAAUUGAUGAGUUGAUUGGAGAGAUCUAUAGUUGCUAGACUGAUGUAGAUGUAUGGAAAGUCGACUGACUAGAGUAGGAACGAUUGCGUCCAUUACGUCCCCUCAGCCACAAAACAAAACUGCAUAACUAUAAAAGAAGGCACGAGAAGAGCGUCACAGACAGAACAACUUACCCGAUGGCUGUGUUUUAAUAGUAUAGAAACAGAUAUAUGUUUUGAUUAACACACCGUUGGUCAAGCGAGUCCCGAUUGACUACAACUACAUGUACCUGAACCAAUCCUUGCUUACGGCAGUGUUGACUAUUAUACUGUUGUUAUAGCAGCGACAUUACAGCCAUGAAGACAGACAUGAUUAUGCUCCUAGUCAUUUUGAGUGUGUUUCUUUCGUUCACAUCAUCUGUCUUUCCGGUGAAACUAGACGCUGGCAGAGAUAUAGCUAAGGGUCUGGACAGCAUUAAAAGCAAAUCAUACUGUCCUAGAGUGUGUGAGUGUAAGAAUAAGAUAGUGAAAUGUAUCAAUAAUAAACGUGCUAUUCGUCAAGUCCCGAGCCAUAUUCCUAACGACACCCUUGAACUCUACCUUAACGGCAACGCUAUUACCAACAUCCAGUCGGGGUCUUUUGCCGGAUUGGUCAAUCUUACUAAACUCGAUUUGACCAAUAAUAUCAUAUCUUCUAUUGCCAUGGGGACGUUCGAUUCUCUAAGACAGUUAAAGACACUGUAUUUGACACAGAACAGUGUCCAAGAAUUCGACGGAAGGCUUGUGUCUCGUUUAACCAAACUACAAAAGAUUCAUCUGAAUCAGAAUACGCUCCAUCGUAUCCCAGAUCUGAGCGCCUGCGUCGACUUGCAGUAUCUAUCAUUGGAAACCAACCUCCUGAAAAAUGUCACAUUUCCCGAAGGCUAUCAGAAACUGAAAAAUCUAUCUACUGUAGUUUUGAAUAAAAACUUGAAGCUGACUAGCUUAAGUAAAGCGGAUUUUAGAAACCUUCAGUUUUCAAAAAUGCGAAAGUUUACGAUUUCAGGUUGCAAAAUAAGCAAAGUAGAGAAUGGAACAUUUUCCUUCUUCAGUAAGCUAUCAUCUCUCAGUAUAGGGUAUAACCCUUUAGAUUCUGAUCAGUUGGCCGUCAUUCUUAAAGAUAUGUCUAAAUCACGACAGUUAGUAGCACUGGACGUAUCUAGCAUAUCAUUUGAUGGCAGCCUACCACUUGGCAUAUUUGACUCGAUGAACAAUACCAAUCUACAGACGCUGACGAUGCGUCAUAAUGACAUUAAAACAAUUCAAAGUAAAGCGUUCUCAACGCUGAAAACAUUAAAAAUGUUGGACAUAAGUUUUAGUAAGAUAGCGGGAUGGGAAGAAGAGGCAUUUUCUGGACUCAAAACACUCACCGAUCUCAGGCUCUUCGGAAACGCUAUAUAUACCUACCAUGAGGGUACAUUUCCCUCUACUCUCAAGAAGCUUGACUUGAGCUACAAUUAUAAUGUUAAAUACAUUUCUGACUACACAUUUGAUAAUCUCAGAAAAUUGACCGAGCUUAGGCUUCACCAUAAUGCCAUCAUCGGUAUCUAUAAACGGGCCUUCAGCGGACUGUUUAGCGUUACCAAACUAGACCUAUCACAUAAUAAACUUGCAGGAAAUGCCCUUGCUGUUCAAGCCCUUAACCCGAUGACAAACCUACAGAUAAUUAAUCUAAAUAACAAUAACUACAAGAAAAUAGUGAACGAGGAUAAACUCUUUCAGAAUCUACCCCAGUUGCGUCAGUUGGAUCUCAGUAACAAUGACUGUGAGGAGAUCCCAAUAGGAUUGUUUUUCAAGCUAACCAACCUUCAAUAUCUCAAUUUGAGAAACAACAACUUCGGAAAGAUUCUUUCGAAUGGGUCAAUGUCAGUUAUAUUCAAAGACCUUAUCAAAGUGGAAGAAAUUGAUUUGAGUAUUAAUAGCAUCGAACUUCUUCCACCAUCGCUACUUAACAACACCAAGGGCCUAACCAAGUUAAAUCUAGUUGGAAAUAUGGUUUCUCACUGGGAACCAAACUUCUUUGAUGCGACAGAGAAUCUCAAAGAUUUAAAUCUCGGGAACAAUCUUAUCUCUUUGGUAAAUAGUUCCUCAAUGAAGGGACUACUUUCUCUAGAGCGGAUGAAUCUUAGCGGAAACCCAUUUGCCUGCAACUGUGACCUUGUCUGGUUCAGAUUAUGGUGGGUCAACUCGACUAAUAUCACAUUUCCCGGAUUGUCAAAAAUGAUGUGUAACUCGCCAAAGAAUCUCGCCGGUACAUACUUCAUGGAUUUCGACCCUUCUACCUUGGACUGUGUGGAUCACACCAUUUUGAUGGUGAUAGCAUCUACAGGAGUUGCUACUUUGCUGCUGAUCGUCAUUGGAUUCACUUAUCAUAGACACCAGUGGUCAAUUAAACUACGACUAUAUCGUGCCUCGAAAUACCUACAUUCCACCAAUCAUCAAAGAGGAUACCAGCGCGUAAUGACGUAUGACGCUUACGUCAUCAACGCACAAGCAGACGAUAGAUGGGUCAUUGACAACAUGCUUCCGAAUAUAGAAGUAGCCAUAAAUGAUGACCCAGAAAACAGGAUCAAGUUAUACUUUGAUACACGUAACUCCGUUCCUGGAAUGCCAAGGAUAAAGAAUUAUGCGGAAAAUAUGGACAUAAGUCGAGUUGUGAUUGCUGUCAUUUCAGACAAUUUCCUAGAUGACAAUUUUAGCUUGUUUCAACUAUCCGAAGCCAACCAUAUUGCUAUUAAAGAACAGAGACCAUUACUUAUUGUUUUCCUGGGUGAAUCAGUAAAAACAAAAUGCCCAAGAGAAUGUCGGAGAUACGUGGAUAAUAAUGAAUGUGAAGUCUGGGUAGAUGGAAUAGAGGGUCAAGAGGACGGACAGCGGUUGCUAUGGGAACGGUUGAGAGAAAAUAUUUGUAGAGACAGGCAAAUCGGAGCUUUGCAAGGAGGCCACGAUGCAGAACUUAAUCCACCAGUUUAAUUCAUACGCAUGAUACGAGUUAAAAUAUUUGGGCAAAGCGUUUCUAUCUCAACACAUUUAUCAUACAUUCCAUUGUAUAUAGUCUUUUACGAUGUUACCAUAGCAGCAACGGCAAACAAAGUUUCACAAAUUAUAGGUCGAGUUAUUAAUGAGUGACGCUUCCAGGGGCCUUACAUACCUUGCCUUCCCUGCCAGUGUCCUCGUACCCCGUUGGCCCCGGAGGAUUCUCAUUAGCGGCACCUUCAUAGCGGAUAAUGGCGGUCUGGUGAGCCUGGGCCCAACUUGGUGAACAAUCAGCAAGCCCUAAACAAACAUCAUAUUAACCUAUUAAUCAAUAUUAAUAUUUUUGUUGAUUGCUUUAAGCACACCCCUUGAAUGAGCUUACUAACUAGUUACUUUGACGGAACGUCAAUGUA